GGUAGUUGAGAAAAUAAAAAAAUUGUAAAAAGUAAAAGUAGUGGAAGAAUAGGAGGAGAGAGAGUAUUAUGUUGAGUCCAUUAAGUGUGAGAAGUGAAUUAAAUAUUGUAAAAGCUUUCCAUAAAAGGAAAUAGAGUAAGUAUUUAAAAACGGUUGAAAAAGAAAAGUGAAUCAAGUAUUAAAAAACGGAGGGAGUAUCCCCCAAUAACAAUCGGGAGAUGACCUAACCACCCAGAACUGAUCUCCGAAUCCGGAUUAGAACAGGAUAGAACAUAAAAAAAACAAAAAAAAAAAUAAAAUUGUAUACUCCCAAAUAAAGGGGUACAAUCGCAAAAAUUCCCUUGAGUGAGAGCUGUUCCACCACCCCUUGUUCCGACUUCACCACCAGUGCAGCUGAGGUUUACAGAAAUGGAAGAUGAAGAUUCUGCCAUGGCUGAGCAAUUUCUCAAGCUCCCACCCGAUAUUAUUUUCUACCACAUUCUCACUAAGCUGCCCAUCAAAACCCUAAUGCAGUUCAAACUAGUUUCCAAAUUAUGGUAUUCUACUCUCUCUUCUCCCCAAUUUGCGCUUGCUUUCGUUCAAUCAUCUCCCUCUUUUCACCCUUCUUCCCCAAUUCAAUACUUGUUCAUGAAAAAUGGGGAUAACCAUUAUCUUUAUUCUCAUGAUGAUGCUGUUGAAGAUGAAUUUAGUACUAACAUCAACAAGAAUAUAGCGAAAUUAGGGUUUGAUUUUGGUGUUGAUUCUGAUGAAAACCUGGUUUUGAUUGGCACAUGUAAUGGACUAGUAUGUUUAGCUUCUGAAUCUGGUAGUUUCUUCAUUUUGUGGAAUCCUAUUAUUGGCAAAUUUAGAAAAUAUAUAGACUAUGAUUUUGUAAUUGAUUGGUCUAACCCUAAUCGGGUUUCGUGGGGAUUUGGGUAUGUUUCUAAUGUUGAUGAUUAUAAGGUUAUUAGGGUUACUGAAUUGGGUGCUACUCUAGAGAUUAGGGUGCAUGUUUUCUCAUUGAAAUCCAAUAAAUGGACAAGAAUUGCUGAUCAACUUUAUCAAGAUAUCUUUUCACUGCAAAGUAUGUCAGAUGAAAGAUUUGAAUUCUGUAGUAAUGGAAUUUCUCGUUGGUUUCCUUAUUCAUUCCACUUGACGCGAGGAGUUUUGGUUAAUGAAACUCUGUAUUGGAUCGCGGCUAAGAUUAAUAGUCACAAUGUACAAAUUGUUUCUUUCGAUUUAGGUCAUGAGGUGUUUCACAACUAUAUGGACUUGAAUUUGGAUCCCGGUCAUAUUUCCGAAGAUUAUUGUUUGUGUGUCAUGGGAGGGUGUUUGUCUAAGUAUGUGGAUUAUAUGGGUGGUAAUGGCGCUGCAAUACAUAUAUUUAAGUGGCCCGGGAUGGUAGAAACUAUUCUACUCGACAGAGACAGAUCACAAGACAUCGACAUUGUUGCAUUGAGUGGAUUCACUAGGUCUGGCAAGUUUUUCAUUUUGGUGGGAAGUGCAACACUUGGACUUGUUGACCCAAGCUCAAAUCCAGUCAAGUACAUCCAACUUGCAACACUUGAUAGACUGGGGAACUCUUGGAUUGCUAGUUAUGUUCCAAGCCUAACUUUACCUUACACCACCGACUAGUCAUCAGUGAUCAGCUGCAGCAGCAACCUAACAUAAGCCUGAUUUAUGAAUAUUGAAGGAGAAACAUUGUAGCAGACAUUUUGGCCAAGCAGGCAAGAUGCAAUCUGGAUACCAUGUAUCAAUCAUGUAAUUUGAGUACCCCUCCUCCGGUCUGUAGUAAAGCUUUUGCUAGUGACUGAAAACUCUGCCAAUUUCUGAGAGUGCACCUGGAUUAUCUAUACCAGGAAACUCUACUACUUCUCUGUACUAAUACUAAACUAAGUUAAUGUGGUCCUUCGGUUUUUGUAAAAAAAAAUUGGUUGUAUCAAGCAACGGCAUCUUGCUGCAACAUACUUUCCUACGGAAGGUCAGAAGGGGAAAAAAUCUUAUUUACUCCGAUAUAUGAGAAUUGUUUUGAUGCA